AAUCAGCGACAGGCUGUAACCCAAACACGGAAGUAACUCAAACAGCUGCUAAAGCAAAAGUUAAGUCUUACUGUUGACAUAAAUGCAAUUUACAGUACAGGUCAUUAUAUAUCUAAACUUAAAACAACACAAACAGAACAUCAUAUCAUUUGCUCUGGAUGGCUUUGUCUUGGUUUCGUGUUGUUGUGCCGCUUUGUUUUGCCGUUUUAUCGGUUAUUGUCGCCACCAUUGGACAAAAUCAUGGGUUUCUCGCUCUACUACUUACCGGCCUCGGUGUUUGCUUUCUGGCCGGGAUGGCACUCAUAUGGAGCGACAUAAGCUCGAAAAUAAAAGGUGAAAACCGGACGUUUGGCAGUCUGCUCAGCCAGUAUGUGGCAGUGAAGGCUAUGGGUUGGCUGGGCAGACGUGAGAGAAAGAAACUUGAAGCCGACACGCUCAAUGUGAAACGAGCCCAGGAGGAGACUCUGCUGAAGCGCCUGCGUAAAAACGCAAACACAUGGUAUGGAAAACGGUAUGACUUCAGUUCAAUACAAGACAGUGAAGGCUUCCGGGCGCGGCACCCUAUCACCACAUAUGAGCACUACCGAGAGCUCAUCAGGCGCGUCGCUGCAGGAGAGGAGAAGGUGAUCACUGCUGAGAAACCUCUGACCCUGGCCAUGACAUCUGGGACGUCAGGAGCCAGUGCUAUGCUGCUCAGCACAAGGGACACCAGCAGUGAGUUCUUCCUACAGGGACUGACUGUGUGUUGGGAUGUCGUGCAGAGAGGGCUCCCUGGAACCAACAGCCUGCAGCGCACAACCAAGUUCUUCUACACACCUACUUGUCGCCAGUCCGAGGCUGGCAUUCCCAUUGCGCCAAACCCCUCCACACCAGCCUCCUCCCACCACAUGCUUAACCUCUACACAACACCAGCUCCCACCUUUGAGGUUCCGAGCGAGAAGGACGCCCUCUAUCUGCAUCUCCUGUUUGCUAUGAAAGAUCCCAGUGUAGGAACACUGGAGGCCAGCUUUGCCUCCACAAUCUUCUAUGCUUUCAUUGCUCUGCAGGAUCGCUGGCAGGAGCUUGUGGAGGACAUUGAACAAGGGAAGGUCAGUAAUGCUCUGGCACUGGAGCCCAAAGUGAGGGCUAAGCUUGAAGCACUGAUGAAGCCAGACUCAGGGAGGGCCACUCAGCUCCGGGCCCACUUCCAGGAUGGCUUUCGAGGAAUUGCCAAGCGGCUGUGGCCUAAGCUUCACUUGGUGCUGACAGUGGACUCAGGCUCCAAUCAGAUUUACGGGGAAACGCUGAGAGAGAAUUACUGCCAAGGAGUACCUUUCUAUUCUCCUUUCUACGCUGCCACUGAAGGUCUAAUAGGGGUGAACCUGUGGCCUCAGGAGCCAACCAGACACUAUUUGCUGUGUCCUCGCUCCAUGUUCUGCGAGUUCCUUCCGGAGAGCAGCCUAGAAGAAGAGUCGCCCCACACUUUGCUGAUGGAGGAGGUGAAGAUGGGACAGAACUACGAGCUCAUCAUCACAAAUGCCUCAGGACUCUUCCGAUAUCGCAUUGGAGACAUAGUGAAAGUAGUUGGAUUCCAUAAUCACUGUCCCAUUGUUGAAUUUCAGUACAGACGGGGUCAGAUGUUGAAUGUUCGAGGGGAGAAGGUGUCUGAAGCAUUGUUCCUUGAAGCUCUGAAGAAAGCUGUUGCUCAGUGGCCUGGAGCGCAGCUGGUUGACUACUGCUGCGCUGAGAGUGGCAUCAUGGGAGAUUCAAUAGGCGGCUCAGAUCCUCAUUACCAGGUGUUUAUAGAGCUGAAAGGUGUGAGGAACCUCACGGAGGAACAGAGAUAUAAGUUGGACAUCUGUCUCCAGCAGGACUCAGCUGUCUACAAGUCUUUCCGUAUCAGAGGCAGCAUCGGACCAAUGAGGGUGCAGCUGGUGGCAGAGGGUGCGUUCGAGAAGCUUCGUCAGCAGAUGAUGGCCUUUUCAAACUCCUCGCCUAACACUUUUAAUAUGCAAAGAGUGCUGCUUAGGAAAGAAUACGCUGACUUCUUAUGGGGAAAAACACUUUCCUGAAGCCUCCUGUAGUGGGGAAUGUGACUCAGACUGUGGUGAGCGAUGACUGAAGUGUUUCCAGUUUGUUUUUUUUAUUAACUUUGCAUGGAGUUUUUGGAUUGUGUCCUUGGAAUCAAAAACAAAAACACAUCACUGAUUUCUGACUAUCGAAAAUGUUCAUUUAAAUGGUUUUAUUUUCUCAGCUAUAUUUACAAUCGUAUUAA